AUGGUUGAUGUUCUGAAUGUGAAUGUGGUUCAUCAUAUAGUUGGAUAUAUUCUGAAUUUCUUACCUAAAGGGGCUCGCUCUCUUCUUGUGCAGCCAAUAUUACAAGUUUCUAUGGAGAGUGCUACCAAUUCGCAAACACCGGCGGGAUUUAUUCGGCUGGUCUCGACCACGAGAUAUGCAUUUAACGUCAAAGGCAGAGCCUGGAUUGCAGCUGUGGCUAACAAGCUUAGAGAAAUGGGUUAUCACAAUGAGAAAGAAUGGUAUUUUUUCUCUCAGGGGGGUCGAAAAUACUCGAACAGUUCCCGGCCUAACCGGGUUGCCGGAAGUGGUUACUGGAAGGCUACCGGAGCUGAUAAACCAACUGGGAAAGUGAAACCAAUGGGGAUACAAAAAGCACUGGUUUUCUAUGCCGGUAAAGCCCCCAAAGGAGUGAAAACUAAUUGGAUUAUGCAUGAAUAUCGUCUUGCCAACGUUGAUAGGCCCGCCAGCAAGAAAAAUAAUUUAAGGGGAACUCUUGUCCAUCAAGAAAAUGCUGAACUCCAUAAAAAAAUGGACUUCAUUCAGAAAGAAAAUGCAGAGCUACAGAAGAAGGUUUAUGAAGCAAGGAGUACAAAUGAAGAAAAUGUGGCAUUGAAUCUUUCAUGCACUAUCAGUGGAUAUGAUUUACAUGCGCCGAUCAGUCUUCAGCUAAGGCAACCACAGGCUCAAUACAGUGAACCCGCAACCAUGAAAUUAUGGUAUUCCCUCGAACUAAUAAUAUAUCGCAUAUAG